AUGUUUCCGUCCAUUAUUUUUCCUAUUAUCUUAUAUUUUCUGUUAAUUCCAAUAAUAAAAUCAAGUACAAAUUCUUUAACAUCAAUUGUAAUUCAAGUAAAUGGUGAUUGUAAUAUACUUGCUGUUAGAAUUGCUCGAGAACAUGGAUAUCGUUAUGUUCGACAGAUUUUUGAUGGUUUUUGUGAAAUUGAAGAAGAUCCAGCAUCACAUAAUUAUAGACGACAUCGUCGAGCUACAGGACAAAAUACUGAUCCAGUUGAAAUUAUUCGUAAUCAUGAAAAAGUUGCAUGGGCUGAAGAGCAAACUCCAAAAAUACGGCGAAAGCGUGAAUUUGAAUUUCAAGAUCCUGAAUGGAAUAAUAUGUGGUAUAUGAUGCGACAUUUAAAUACACCUAGUUUACCAGAUUUAAAUGUCACUGGUGCAUGGAAAAUGGGUUAUACAGGUCGAGGACGAGUUGUAACGUUUCUUGAUGAUGGUUUAGAAUUUGAUCAUCCAGAUUUAAAAGAAAAUUAUGAUCAUGAAGCCAGUACAGAUAUUAAUGGUAAUGAUAAUGAUCCAACACCACGUUAUGAACCAACGAAUGAAAAUAAACAUGGUACUCGAUGUGCUGGUGAAGUAUCAGCAAAACCAAAUAAUCAAGUAUGUGGAGUUGGAAUUGCUUAUCAUGCUCGAGUCGGUGGUGUUCGAAUGUUAGAUGGUGAUGUUACAGAUAGCGUUGAAGCACGAUCGAUUAGUCAUCGACCUGAUCAUGUAGAAAUUUAUUCAGCUAGUUGGGGACCAGAUGAUAAUGGUUUUGUAGUUGAUGGACCUGGUGUAUUAGCUACAAAAGCAUUUGAAAAUGGUAUUUUAAAUGGCCGUGGUGGAAAAGGAUCGAUCUUUGUUUGGGCAAGUGGUAAUGGUGGUCGAUCUGGAGAUUCAUGCUCUUGUGAUGGUUAUAUAAAUUCUAUCUACACAAUUGCUAUUAGUUCUACAACUGAAACGGGACGUAUACCAUGGUACCUUGAAGAAUGUUCUGGUACUCUUGCUACAGCAUAUAGUAGUGGUUCACCAAGUGAUAAAGAUCGUGAAAUUGUUACGACCGAUUUACAUCAUGGUUGUACAACUCAUCAUACUGGUACAUCAGCAGCAGCUCCAUUAGCUGCAGCUAUAUAUGCUCUUGCUCUUGAAGCCAAUCCCAGUUUAACAUGGCGUGAUAUUAUGUAUUUAACAGUUCUUAGUUCGCGUGCAUAUGCUAUUCCAUCCAAUACACAAAUUGUUCAAAAUGCCGCUGGAUUUAAUGUAAGCAGUAGAUAUGGUUUUGGUCUUAUGGAUGCUGGUUUAAUGACAUGGUAUGCAUCUGGUUGGAAAAAUGUUCCAACUAUGUCUACAUGUGAAACAAUGAUUAUGAAUCCAAAUAUAACUAUAGGAUCUAAUUCAAAUAAAAUGUUCUCAGUUGAUGUAACAGAAUGUAAAAAUAGUAAUGAUGCUAAACGUCAAGUAAAUUAUAUUGAACAAGUACAAAUAUUUAUAACUUUAACAACUACAAAUCGAGGACAAGCAGAAAUUUUUCUUUAUUCACCAUCAAAUACAAAAACACAAAUUUUACCAAGACGAAAUAAUGAUCAUAAUGAACAAGGUUUUGCAAAUUGGCCUUUUCUAACAGUACAAUUAUGGGGUGAAAACCCACAUGGAAACUGGAAACUACAGAUAAAUACAGGUGGAGGAUCAGCUGUUUUGAUGUCUUGGAAACUUGUUAUUCAUGGUACACGAGAUAAUCCAAUAUCACCUCGUGUACUAAAGGAAACGAAUUCAUCACCUUGUCAUGUCGAAUGUAAAUCUGAUAAACCCUGUGGUGAAACAGAUACAAGUUGUGCAGAAUGUCGACAUUAUAAACAACCAUUAGCUAAUGAAAAAUUUCGAUGUGUGGGUAUAUGUCCUGAAGGUACUUAUCCAACCGAAGUAGAUAAUUUAUGUUUACCAUGUCAUUCACGAUGUGGUUCAUGUCGAAAUGCUAGUGAAAAUAGUUGUAUUGGUUGUAAACCUGGUUUUUAUCUUAGAUCUGAUACAAUGACUUGUAUUGAAUUUUGUCCGGAUAAAUAUUAUACGGAUCAAAAACUUCGAAAAUGUAUACGUUGUAAAGCUGAUUGUGCAUCAUGUGAUACAAAUUCGUAUAUAUGUACAUCGUGCCCUGAUGGUUAUGCAUUAAAAGAUACAGAUUGUGUAAAAUCACCAGAAACUUGUGAUCCUUCGGAAUAUUUUGAUUUUACUGAAAAUCAUUGUCGAUGGUGUGAUAAAAGAUGUUCUACUUGUAGUGGACCACAAUCUUAUCAGUGUACAUCAUGUGAUAAAACAAGCAAAUUUCCUAAUCUUCAAUAUCAUACAUGUGUUUCAUCAUGUUCACCGGGAUUUUAUCUUUCUCAAGCAGAUUCUCAAUGUCUUGCAUGUCAUGAUACAUGUUUAAAUUGUACAUCAUCAAAUGAAUCAUCAUGUUUAUCAUGUAAAUUAGGUUAUGUUUAUCUUCCUGAAAGUCAUCGUUGUGAAAAAUAUAGUGGUAAACCAUAUUAUAUCGAUAGUAAUACCGGUGAAACACGUGAUUGUCAUUCAUCAUGUACACAAUGUAAAGGACCAAAAGAAACUGAUUGUAUUGCUUGUAAUAUAGUAACAGAAGUUCUUCUCAAUGAUGGACAUUGUGUUAAUGAUUGUCCAGAUGGUUCUUAUAUAAAUGAAAGUAUAACAAAUGAAAUAGAUACAAAUAUUUGUAUGCCAUGUUCAAUUGGAUGUAAAAAAUGUAAUAAAGAAAAUCAAUGUAGUGAAUGUGAUGGAUCGAAAGGAUAUCAUUUUCAAGGUGGAUAUUGUGUUCCAACAUGCCCAUUAAAAACUUUUCAAUUAAAUACUCGUUGUGAGCCAUGUCAAUAUCCAUGUGAAACAUGUAUAAAUUUAACAAGUUGUUUAACUUGUUCACAAAAACUCUAUUUAUUUAAUGAUCAAUGUGUUGAAAAAUGUCCAAAUGGUUAUUAUUUAAAAGAUAAACAAUGUUUUAAGUGUAAUCCAUUGUGCGAUACUUGUUCAGGACCAUCGGAAGAUGAUUGUCAAUCAUGUGCAAUUGGUUUUAUUUUUAAUGAUAAACAAAAGAAAUGUUUGAGCACAUGUCCUAAUGGAAACUAUUUUGAUAAAGAUGAUAAACUAUGCAAAUUAUGUACGGAUAAUUGUCUUGAAUGCUUAUAUCCUGGAUCUUAUUGUCGACAAUGCUCGUAUCCAAUGUCACUUAAUGAAUCAACUCAUCAAUGUUUAUCUUGUUGCACAACAAAUGUAACUACAAAUGAUUGUUGUCAAUGUCCAUCAAUAUGGACUGGUUUAUGUCUUCAUCCACUUUCUUUAUCAUCAAUUCAUUCAUCAGUUUGGUGGUUACAAUCUCCGAUUCAAAAAGUUCGAGAUCGAUUCAGUGAAUUAGAUCAUCGACGUCAAACAGCUGUGAUGAUUUUCUUACUUCUUACAAUAUUAAUAUGCGGCGUUUAUUUAAUAGUAACUACUAUUUAUAAAUUUAAAUCUAAAUUUACUCAUUUCCUACCUUCACGAUCACAACCUGAUGAUAAUCGUGAAUAUGUUUUAUUAAAUAAUCUAGAUGAUUAUGAUGCUGAAGAUGAUGAUGAAAUAAAUAAUGAAUCUGUAUCAAAUGCAACUACCACUUCAAUAAUAUAA